AUGGACCGUCCUCAUCAGCUGUUGGUGAAGAUCUCUCUUCUGCCUCCGACACACCUCGCGGUGCUGGUUGCUUCCGUGCUGUUGGUGUCGGCGACGAUAUCCUAUCUCUGCACGAGGCAGAAAUAUCCCAAUGUGCCGACCCUCCGAAUCUCCCCCAAGCCCGGCAUCUUCGGGGCCUGGGAGGAUAGGAAGCUCUGGGUGAAUGAUGCUCUCAACGUCCUGCUCCUUGGCUACGAGAAAUACUCCAGCAAACAGCAGCAUUAUUUGGUGGAGCGACCCGAGGGAAAACUGCUCAUCGUCGCUCCCAAUUUCAUCGAAGAGGUCCGACGGGCGCCCGAGACUCACGUUCAGAAUACCCCAGCCAAUAAUGAUCUGACCCAGUUGCGCCACACGCUUCAUCCGAAAAUGGAGACCAACCAGUUCCACCACGAAAUCCCACUCCGCAAAUCGCUGACGGAGAGUCUGGGACCGAAGUUGGGCGACAUUGUCGAAGAAGCCAAACUGAGUCUCGAGGCUCAGAUCGGGAAGACAAAGAACUGGGAGCCUCGUCAGAUGUAUCCGCUAGGAUUUCGCGUCGUGACCCGGACCGCCAAUCGCCUCCUUUUUGGCCUUGAGUUGACUCGAAACCCGGAAUUUGAGCAGCUAUCGAUCGACUACGCCGGCAUUUUCUUUGGGGGAGCCGAAAAAAUCCGAGGAUGGCCUGAAUACCUUAAGCCACUGGUCAUGUGGUGGUCCACAGGCAUUAGGCGUGCACGUAAAGAGGCGAAUCGACACCUAGGGCCCGUAAUUACGCAGCGGAUUCGGGACGAGGAUCGAUAUAUUGCCGAAGGUCGGGCCGAGGAGUGGAAAAAGAUCAAACCCGAAGACGUGAUCCAAUGGAUCUUGGACGUAGCUCCGCCCGCCGAUCGACGCGUCGACCAUAUGGUGUACCGGAUGCUUCACAUCAAUAUCGGCGCGAUUCACACCAGCAGUAUCUCGUUCCUCGAGGCGUUCUACUUCUUAUCGAUUCAUCCACAGUACCACAAAGACCUUCGCGAUGAGAUCGAGACCAUAUUUCGGCAAGAGGGCGGCUGGACCAAACAAGCGCUUACGCACCUGAAGAGGGUCGACAGCUUUUUGACCGAGUCGCUGCGUCUGUGCCCUUUUACGGCCCUGAAAAUGCAGAGAUCGACCGUCCAAGACUGGAAGAUGAGUGACGGUACCCUGAUCCCGAAGGGCGUUCACUUCUGGUGCAAUUACCUGGCCAUGAGCCUCGACGAUAACGUGUGGGAGAAUGCCCGCGAGUUUGACCCGUGGAGGAUGUACCGCCUACGCCAGCUUGAAGGCGAGGAAAACAAGCAUCAGUUUGUGAUGACCACGCCCAAGAACCUCACGUUUGGCCACGGAAAGCAUGCCUGUCCCGGUCGAUUCUUCGCCGCCAAUGAGAUCAAGACUUUGCUCGCGUUGAUAAUCAUGCUGUAUGAUGUCCGCUGCCAGAAUCUUCCCGGUGGCGUCGAAGCCAUCAUCCACGGCGACUGGAUCAACCAGACUAAAGACCCCAUCAAGUAUCCGGUGGUCGAGUUCAAAUACCGGGGCCACUUGAUUCCCGACGACAUUCGACAUCUAUUCGUCGAGAUUUGA